AUGUCGAACGACGAAGAACAACAUGAAACACCACCAGAUAUUAUUAAUGAAGAUGAUAGUAAUUCUAAAGAUGAUGACUCAAUGUUUGUAUCAGUGAUGUUGCCGAAUACAGUCGAUGUAUCAUUAAGUGGUGGCGAAGAUAAUGAUGAAAAUCCAUUUGACGAGCCUACAACAAGAGAAAAAACACCAACUAAUACAACAAAUACUAUCGAAUCAUCUGUGGAUAAUGAAAAUAAAUUGUCUCAACACGAUAAAGCAACGCCUCAUGUUGAUAAAAAUGAACCAGAUUUAUUUGGAGAGGAAUUUUCGAAUGAUAAUUCAUCGCCAUUUGGUGAUGCACCUCAAACACCGCCGGUUACUGUACCAAAACAAGAACCAAAGACACCGCCAGUAACACCAUUGAAACAGGAUGUUCCCUUGUUUUCAACUGAGUCAAAAGUAUAUGCAGCAGAACCUGUACGACCAGUGUCAACAUUUGAAAGUCAGACUUCAUUAUCAAAGCCAGUAACAACGAGUGUUUUUAGUGAUUUAUUAACAGAAAGUAAACCAGUACAAAAACGUUCGAAUGAAUAUAAUAUUGCAAUCAGUGUGGGCAAUCCAACAAAAGUCGGAGAAGGUAUGUCAUCAUAUGUGGUCUAUCAAAUAAAAACAAAAACAACAUUGACAAUUUUCAACCAAUCAGAAUUUUCAGUGAAACGACGUUUUAGUGAUUUUCUUGGUUUACAUGCUAAACUUGUUCAUAAGCAUGCGCAUGUCGGCGUUUUUCUCCCAUCACCUCCAGAAAAAGAUACUUUAUCAAUGGCUAAAGUUAAAGUAUCGAAAGAAGAAGUCAUACCCAUUGAUUUUAUUGAUCGUCGUCGUGCAUUGUUAGAACGUUAUUUAAAUCGUUUAGUACGACAUCCUAAAUUACUCGAAGAUUCUGAUGUAAAAGAUUUUAUUCAAUCGGAUAAAGAAUUACCUAAAUCAACAAAUACUCAAGCACUAAGUGGUGCCGGUGUUCUACGUGCCUUCAGUACAAUAUCGAAUCAGGUGACAAAAAUUACAACAAAAAAAAGUGAACAAGAUGAAUGGUUUGAUGAAAAACAUGUUUUUGUUGAAGAAUUACACAAACAUUUUAAAAAUUUAUUUAAUCAAUUAAAUUCAUUAUUUACGCAUCGUAAAGAAGCUGUAAUAGCAUUGAAAACAUUUUCAACGACUCUUAAUCAUCUAGCUACCACUGAAGAACAUCCAUUAUUAUCUAGUGCAUUGAUAGAAUUAGCUAAUCUUAAAGAAAAAUUAGAACAGAUUCACAAUGAUCAAACCAUAAAAGAAUAUUCAAUUCUAACUGAAUUAAUAAAAGAAUAUAUUUCUUUAUUAGAAAUGGUUCAAUUGUCAUUUCAUGAACGUAUUAAAACGCACCAGCAAUGGUUAAAUGCUGAAGAUACAUUAAGAAAGAAACGUGAAACAAAAACUAAAUUAGAACAAUCAGCAAAAUCUGCUGAUAAAUUACCGCAAGCUGAAAAGGAAAUACUUGACUGGGAAUCUAAAGUUGUUCAUUGUAAAGAAGAUUUCGAAAAUAUUUCGACAACAAUUCGACAAGAAAUGGAUGUAUUCGAACAAAUACGAAUGGACGAUUUUCAAACCGCAUUCGAUGAUUAUUUAAAUGAUUUAUUAGAACAAGAAAAUAAAAUUUUACAAAUUUGGGAAGCUUAUUUACCUGAAGCAAAUAAAAUUAACCUGUGA